CCGGACGAAUAGUCACAGCAAAUGUAGAAAGAGCAGGAAAUAAUGAUCAGCAUAGUCUUUUGCCAAAGUUACUGGCUGAAGGCAUGAAGGAUUUCUCCGACAAUAUGGCAGCCAAAGUGAUGUCGUGAGCAGCAGCAGCAGCAGCAGCAGCAGCAUUAGCCCAAGAGAAGGGUACACUCGCAUUACCUUCAUCCUUAAUGUAAACUCUAGCUCAGGAUGGCCACCACACAUAACGGUUUUAUCCAGCAUCAAAUUUUGGCAAAUUUUGAUUUUGGUGUUUACCCAGCUUCCGGAUCUGUGAGCCCUUAUGACAGCCAGUCUGAUUUCAGCUCUCCUAAUUCCGACCAAGAAAAUAUUGGCAAACACAGGAAAAAGAAAAGAAAAUGCAUCCAGCAACAAGUUCAACAAAGGCAAGCUGCCAAUCUUAGAGAAAGGAGAAGGAUGCAGUCUAUAAAUGAUGCAUUUGAAGGACUCCGUGAACAUAUUCCGACUUUGCCAUAUGAGAAACGAUUGUCCAAAGUAGAUACUCUCAGAUUAGCAAUUGGUUACAUCAGUUUUCUGUCAGAACUUGUUCAAACCGACUCUCAAACUAAGGAAAAUAUCAACAACCAUAUCGGAGAACAACCCAAGAAAGUCAUCAUCCAUUGUCAUAGAGGCAUUCACGAAGAGGAGGAACAAUACGGCCUGCCCCCUGUUGCUGGGCACUCCUUAUCCUGGACAGACGACAAGAAACCCCACAUGGGACCAAACAAUAUAAUGGUCGCCAAAAUUUGGACACCAGAAGAUCCAAGGAAAAACAAAAUUCAAACGGAAGCUGAUUGUUCUGGACUUCUUGAUUCGACUCUCGAUAUCUGAUAUAUUGUUUUCAAUAUGCAUGUGGCGUGUGAAGGGAUGUGUGUGCCGGCUUCACUAUUCAAAUCUGUUGUUAUUACAGCCCAUAUUAUGCUCCGUGAAUAGGGGUUUUAUUAUUUCGAAGGAAAGGGUGUUUUGUUACAUUAUUUGCUCAGGUUUAAAUUUCUUUCAAGCCAAAAUGUCUUUAACAUUUCGUGUCAGCAAACUUUAUGAGUGCUAAUGCAUCAUUGUGAAUUGUGUUUGAGGUGAUCAAUAACGUUAUAAGUAAACACUGGUCUCAGCUGAUUACAGAAAGUCCGAUCGUGAUUACUGACUUAAAAUACGUCUUCCCAGGUGAUCAGCAGACGUUCACCUUGUCUAGUGAGUUCUGAGCACAGGACUAGACUGUAUCUAAUGAGUGCCGGACAGGGCCCCACUGUGGUCUGCUGAGUGCUGAAUACAAUAUGAAACUUUGGUCUACUGAGUGCCGAACAUUGGGCAAACAACGGUCUUCUGAGAGCUAAACACGGGGUGAGACUUUUGUGUAUUGAGUCCUGAACACGAAGUGAGACUGUAGUCGACUGAGUGCUGAACACAGGACGAGACUGCGGUCUACUGAGUGCUGAACAUAGGACGAGACUGCGGUCUACUGAGUGUUGAGCACAGGAUGAGACUGUGGUCUACUGAGUGCUGAACACAGGACGAGACUGCGGUCUACUGAGUGCUGAACACAGGACGAGACUGCGGUCUACUGAGUGCCGAACAUUGGGCAAACAACGGUCUUCUGAGAGCCAAACACGGGGUGAGACUGUUGUCUUUGAGUGCU